GUGGGGUCAGCUGGGCCGCAGGGACGACUGGGAGCGGAGUAGGCGCUGCGGGUUUAGAAGCGGCGGCCUCAGGUCCCAGUUACCAUCAUGCCUACUUCCGAGCCCCCCAGAAGCAGGCGGGAGACAGUCUAUUCCUCCCCUGCUAGCUCUGACGACGAGGGGGCCGGGAAGUCUUCCACUUUCUCCCUGAUCUCUGAAAGUUUCCAUCCAGAGUUAUCAGAUUUCCACCACGAGGGGCAAGAGGGAGACACAACACCAACUAGCAGGGGGUCGAGCAUCCCUCAGAAGAUGAAACACGAUAGUACGGAACAAAUUAAAAAUACAAAUAAAAAAAAUCAGUCGCCUGUUCAUACUAAUCUCUCACCAUGGGAAGAAUGGUUCCUUUGCAAAGAGCGAGAACUACGUGCUCGUUUACAAACAAAAGCUCUGGAGGAAAUGAAUCACCAAAUGGAGGAAACAAAGGAAAAGCAAGAACGAGAAAGAAAAAGAUUAAUUGCUGAAGAGAAACACAAGGAGUGGGUCCAGAGAAAAAAUGAAGAGGUGAAAAGGGAAAAGAAAGAAAGACAGCGUAAGCUCAAAAGAGAAAUGAGAGAAAAAGCAAUGAAAGAGCUUGAGAGAGUACAGUCAAAGGAAAGAGCAAAAGUAAUGUAUCAGGAAUGGUUGAAGAAAAAGAACACUGAAGAUCUUCAAAAAAAGAAAGAAGAAAAAGACAAGGAAAAGCUACGGGAAGCUGAAUUACAGGAGAAAAAGGAAAAAUCAGAGAGGAUGUUCAAAGAAUGGCUGCACAAUUCUAAAAACAAGCCCCGCCCAGCAUCAGCUGGCUAUGCCUAUGUUAAUGGGAAACUUGCAACAUAUCCAGAUGGAAAUGCCUAUCCAGCUCCAGCCUUUUACAACCCCAUACCUUGGAAACCAAUUCCUGUGCCUCCUCCUAAGGAAGAGAAAGUUUCAACCCAAGUCCGUCUGUUUGGGAAUGGUGAAGACAAGAACAGUGAACCUAAGGCUGUUAGUCAUUAAUUCCUCUGCUUUCCUUUCCUAGCAUUCAUGAAAUGCAUGAAAUAAACAGAAGGCAUAGCACAGCAUUACUGUGAGAGGUAGUAUUGAUGGGAAUGUAGAUGGGGGGUGCAAAGUUAGAGACAAUAUUAGUUAUUCUUUUCCAUUGAGUACAACUUAAGAAGGAAAUACUUUGUUCAUCCGAGUUAUUUCUUCCCCAUGUCUGAAGCUAUGAAACAGUUUCUCCUUUGUUUUAGUAUUACUGAGUCUGGGAGGAAGCAAAAUAACCAUGAACCAUGUGAUCUAACCAAUCAGUAUAUGUAUGAAAUAUGCAUGCAUCUGCAUUGUAUGCUAAUUGUGGCUAAAGGGAUAUGUUUUUCUGCAUUGCAUAAUGUAUAAUUAGCAAUUCUCUCUAAAGCUUCCUUUCAAAUCACUGAAGGGCUUAGGAGAAUGCUGCAAAAUGCCAAGAUGAAUAAGAAUGAAAAUGUUAAAAGGAAGCUUAUGUACAGGAUUAAGAAUUAUCAGUUAGUCCUUUAUUAAUUCUAUUGCCAGUGGCUUUAGUUGAAAAAAUGCAUCACAAAAUUCUAGCCCAAAUUUAUUCUGUUAAUGUCUUUUCAUGCUUUCAGUGAUAAUUUAUUUCAGGUUAAAACAUUUAAAAUAAGAGUAUCAAGAGGAACGUAAUCUUAGAUAAGAGAUUAGUGAUUAAGACAGCAGCUGAAUCAGUCAGUUACAUUAAACGCUAUUAAGAGCUAAAGAAAAAGAUUGUUUUGGCUUCUAAAAACCAAUGGAAUUUGCUUAGAAUAGUGGUCAUGAAGAAUGAAUGCCACAGAUGGAGUAGCCGUGCCAUAACAGCUGUAUUUCUGAGAGCCCACAGAAAUUUUAACCUUCUUAUACUGUUCCUACUGAGCAUAUAAGUGCACAUAAUCCUUCCACUGUAGCCCUGUUCCCAUUUUCAUUAUGAGAAAUGCUGAACAUGGGAGUACUCGGAAUAACUCCCCAUGAAUAUCAGCCAAAUUAGAUCAGAUGCUGCAGAUGUGUACAUUUAACGAGAACAGAUGCAAAAGCCAAAUUGGGUUGGCUUGCAUGGGAGCUAAAAUUGUUAUGAUGCAGGAUUGUGGCUCAAAUGAAAGCUAAUGAUGAAUAAGUUUCUGUGCUGCAAAUAUUUACACUCAACACAUGGGUGCCUGAAGCAGUUGGUAUUAUUAUGAUGAUUUUGGCAGUAGGGUUAUGCACUGAAUAUUCAUGACUGUUCAAAUAGGGCUUAUAACAUCAGGUAAUUUCCUCUGGAUGGAGAGAAAACUGGAUUUACAGCACCUUUUAUAUGGCUAUGGCUGCUUUAUUUGGCAUUUAUUGAUUUUUUGAAUCUAUUUACACAUUUGUAAGCUUUAUAUCCUACUUUUUCUCUAAAAGUUCAUGUCAGUGUACUUGCUCCAAUUUUCCUUACAGCAAUAACCCUGUGGAGUAGGUUGGGCUGAGAGCAGUGAUUAGCCCAAAGCCACAUAGCUUCUCUGAUAUAAGACAGAUUUGAACAUGGGUCUCCGCAGGCCUAUUCCAAUACAUUUAACUCCACAGUAAAAAGCAAACAAACAAAAAUGAAGAAGGGAAUAAGGUAUUUUGGAAGGUGUAGGAAAUUUUCAAAUGGUAGACUGAAUUAUAUAGGAGAGAAAUUUCAGACACAAAAGGUUAUACUUUGCCUUUUCAAGAUAGCCUCCCACAUCACUUUCCCAGGAGUUGCAGUAUACGAAAUACAAUAUUGUAUGAAAUGGUUGAGACAUAUUUAAAAUUAAGUAAAACACACAUUAUUUCAAAUUCCCACACAUCUAACAAGAAAUAAGUUAGAAAUCAUCACAUAUUGAACACCGUAUUCCUCAGGCUAUGUUUGUUGGUAACAUAAUAUAGGGUCUGGAUUCUCAGGAACCCAGAAAAUGUGAUUAAGCCAGUAAGCAGGCUAAUGUCAUUUGCCCACUAGCAACUGUGAGUAUCUUCUACAGUCACACAACUAUCACUGUGCCAAAAUAACUAACGAAGAACAGGUUUUAUACCACUUCAGUGAUGGCUGGGUGAUGUCAUGAAGAUGGUAUAAGUCAUUAGUGAAGAACAGUCCUCCGUGGGCUCUGUGAAUGUAGCCCAUCUUUACUUUGGCAAGUGUCGGGUAGCGUAGGGGGGAAAAAAAAAAACAACCACCUUGAUUGCUUGAAUUACAAUCAAGUCUUGUCUAGAAGUGACUAUAAAGUCCCUAAAUUUGUCUAUAUUCACAAUCUCUAAGAAUUAUAUAUAUAUAAAUAACAUAUAUAUAUCCCACUCUAGAUAUGUUUAGCAUAGUAAUCAUGACUCCUAUAUUUUUUAAAUAUAAGGAGCUAAUGUAUUAGUCCUCCUACAAUUAAGCCUACAGUAAUUUGUUUAGAAAUUACUGAGCAUAGCAAGGUUGUGGUCCUAAUAAAACCUAUCACUGACAGUUUUGAAAUAUCUCUUGGUGCUAUUUUAAAGACUAUAUCUUUAAAUCUUACCUUGACAGUUUAAUUUGCACUAUCCAAAAUAUAAUAGGUGUUUAUUCUUAAACAAACAACCCUAUGUUGAUGCAAACACACUUUAAAAUUAGAGAAGGCAGUACUAAGAUACCACACUAUCUGAGAUUUUCUCUGCUCCAACAAUUCUAUACCAGUAGAGGAGGGGAGAGGAGGGCCAGGUUAAAAAUGGAUCUUUUUCUGCAUAUUUAAUGUUAUCUUUGCCUUCAAAUGUCCUUGGGAGAGAGGUAUUAUUCUGCUUUGCUUGUCGAAUGUGUUGCAUCUAGAAAGAUAAAUCUCUAAAAAUAGCAACUUCAAAAUGAAAGCUCUUGAACAAUCUUAUCUAUGGCAUUACAAAUGCAGUUUUAUACCUUCCUGAAUAAGGUUUUAGGCAAGAUUGGUCAUGAGUGUACAUGUUAGUUUCAGUUCAGUCAACAUAAUGUUCUGAUGAAUAGAAGAAGAAAAGUAUUACUUAGUUGGCUUCCAAAAUGAUACAAGGCAUACAUCUGAAACUUUGUUUUAAGAUGAAAUAUUGAAAAAAGUGUUGUUGGUUUAAAAUAAAGUAAUCCAAAUAAUUCUAAAUUCUAGCUAAAAGAAAUUGUUUAAACAGGCAGAAAUUUUGGAAGUGUGAUAUUGGUGUAAUGCUACCAUAAGAUUUGUUGAAAGUCUUCCUGUUUGCCCAGAAUCUUCAGUCUUAAACAUGUAUUUAAAGACUGGAAAAAAGGAUAUGUCUUUAUA